AUGAACUUUCUAAAGAAGUUUUUAGGGUCUUCACCUAAGGAUGAUCUUUCAAUGAUCCCUUCUGGUCAGCUAUUUUUAAAAAGAAGUUUGGGAUCACCUAAAUCAGCAAGUGAAUGCUUGUAUACGGAUGCUGCUGCUUCUGUUCGUGAAACAUCUGCUCCACACAAUUAUCAACUUGUUAUUCAACGAGCUUUUGCUGAAGGUGAAGAACAAUUAAAAGGUGAUGACGAUGAGGAAGAAGAUGAUUUUGCAGAGUUUCAAGAUGAAAGAGUCUUUUUGAUUGAUAAGUCAUUAAAAAUUCAUCAUUUUAAUAGAAGUGGAUCCUUGAUUGUUUCAUGGAGCAACAGAGAUGGUGAUGAUGGUGAAAGGUUUGAAUUCGUUGUUGAUGAAUCAAUUAAAUCAAGUGAAGUGGAACAUUUCAUGAAAACUGUUUAUUGUUGCGAAUUUGAAAGAAAAUACUCAAAGUCGUCUGCAGGUGUUACUACUGAACAAUUAGAUGAAUUUGUCUUCGAUCCUGAAUCAGAAAGUAUUGAAGCAACACUUUCAAAAUCCAUUGGAAACACACCAACCAAAAAUCUUUUGAGCGUUACAAGUGAAGAUGAAGGUGAAGACUCAAUCUAUGAAGAUGCAGAAGAAGUCACAGGUGCUGCAGCUACAUCACCAAUACCAUCUCGUAUUUCUCAACCAGCCACACCUAAAAAAGAUGAUCUUGCGAAGAAAGAAGUCGAACAAGUCAAAGAACCAACUGGUGAAGAAAUUGUUCAGGUUGCAGCUGAAUUAAGACUUUACGAUCCAACUACUGAAAGCUUUUCAUUACAAGAUACAGAUGGUACUGUUACAGUAUUAGAUCUCGGUAAAUGGGAAUAUUGGUUGUCCAUUAAAAGUAAAUCUGGUAUUAGUCUAGGAACUCUAAUCAGUCCGAAACUAAAUCCUGUUUUCAAUUAUGAAGUUGUUUCAUUUAUUUUCAACUACGAAACAGGAGACGAUGAAGUGUUUUCAUGGCUAUUAAGAUUUGAAGCACCACAAGAGUUGUUAGAGUUCCAAACAGGUUAUAUGAGAGCUGCUUGGGAAGCUGCCAAUAAAUCAAAAUGGCAAAAAGCUGAAGCUUCUGAAAAACAAUAUGUUCUUGAUGCUUUCAACACAAAUGAAGAAGACCAAGAUAUGGCUGAUUAUCCUGAAGAAGAGGAAGAAGAGGAAGAGGAAGAGCAAGAAAAAUCAUCAAGAGCUGUGAAUUUACGUACCGGUCUUCGUAAAGAAGGAUUCUCAGAUUCGGAAGACGAAGAAGAAGAUGAAGUCAAAAAGAACUACUUCAAAGGGUCUCAAAAUAAGAAUUUAACAAUUGCUUUCAAAAAUGAUCGUUCAUAUGUUACUAGAGGUAAUCGUAUUGGUGUUUUCAAAACAACUGAUGAUGAUGAUCUAGAAUUCGCAACAGCUAUUGAAAAUUUGUCAAUUGGUGAUAAGAAACAGUUCAGUCCUACGAAGAUGAUGUUACAUACUGAAGAUCGUUCUUUGGUUAUGCAAGGUGAUAAAAAAGAUACCCUUUACAGAAUGGAUUUGGAAUAUGGUAAAAUUGUUGAUGAAUGGAAAGUUAAAGAAGAUUUACCAGUUGUUGACUUUGGUCCAUCCAAGAAAUUCAAUCAAAUGACUGGAGAACAAACAUUCUUGGGUAUUUCUGAUAAAGGUUUGUUUAAAGUUGAUCCAAGAGUCAACGGUGAUAAAUUGGUUGAAAGUGAAUACAAAACAUACGCCACCAAAAACGGAUUCAGCUCAUUUGGUACCACAGAAGAUGGUUUCAUUGCUGUUGCUUCUGAUAAAGGUGAUUUAAGAUUGUAUGACAGAUUAGGUAUCAGAGCUAAAUCAUUGAUUCCUGCUAUUGGUGAUUCGAUCAAAUUUGUUGAGACUUCUGCAGAUGGUAAAUGGUUAUUAGCUACAUGUCAAACAUAUUUAAUUUUGAUUGAUUUAACUAUCAAAUCUGGUGCAAAUGCUGGCUCCUUGGGAUUCAAGAAAUCAUUUGGUAAGGAUAAUGUUCCAAAAGCUAGAACUUUGAAGAUCUCCCCAGAACAUGUUGCAUCUAUAAAACAAUUGACUGGUACACCUUUGAAUUUUUCAAAAGCACAUUUCAACACUGGUAUCAAUGCCAAAGAACAAACGAUUGUUUCCUCGUCGGGCCCAUAUGCUAUUACUUGGUCAUUAAGAAAAAUUUUGCGUGGUGAUACAGAACCAUAUAUGAUCAAAAGAUACUCUUCAAAUGUUGUUGCUGAUAACUUCAAGUUUGGUACUGAUAAGAACGUUAUUGUGGCAUUGGAUGAUGAUGUUGGUAUUGUCAACAAGAAAGCUUUCCGUAAAGCUGACAGACAAACUUUAGCAUACGUUCCACGUGAAGGUUUUUUCUAA